AUGGAUCUUGGGUUGGAGGUGCUAACAGCCACGACUUUGCCAUUCUUGCUGAUGCUCGGUGGCAGCAGGCUUUGGAUCAGAGCGACGGCUGGUGAGACCGGGAGCGCCCAACUCGGGCUCUCCGCCGUGCAGGCCACGGUGCACAUCAUGAACGAGUUCUUCGGCUCCAUGGCGCAGGGCACCCGGCUGCUGGGCGUGCUGCUGCUGUACCGCUUCGUCAUCAUCCACCGGGCAACCUACACGGUGCCCCAGGGGGUCUUGUAUUGUGAUUCUGCGACUCUCGUGCCCGAGAGACACGCCUUGCCAGACCAACAGUCGCAACCUGGCCAACCUGGCGGUUCAGGCAUCGCCCUGUUCAGCAGAAGCCGACGGGGAGCUAUCUACGCAUGCAGGUCCGCGGUCUUCCCACCGACUUGGGCUACCAUCACUUGGGCUACGAAGAGUUGCUUCGUGCCGCGGCCUCUGUCUAGACCUGGAGCUGGUGCAGCUAGUGCCUGCUUACUUUGCGAUGUGGCGCUAACUGCUGUCCAGGAGCAUUUUCAGACGGUCGCCUACGAACAAGCUCUGCGCGUGGAGUCUGCCUGUGACGACUGCGAUGAUGUGUCCAGUACAGAUGCAGAGAAUCAAAGCUGCUUCGGGAGACAGAUUUAUCGUAUGCCAGAUGGGCACAGAGCGGGAGCUGGAUGA